GUUACAUUCAAAAUGGCGGCGCUGCGGAGGACAACAUUUACAGUAUACUCCGUGUGCGCUCGUCUUGCUAGAGUUUCAUCCAGAUUGUUGUCAUACGAACAAAAUGGACAAGAUAAAACAAGUACACAACCGUUGACUGAAGGGGAAGAAACAAACACAGUACUCAGCCAAGCAAAUAAUUCACAUAAUGGGUGAGUAGAGUAACAAGCUUAUAUUAAGCUUAUUUUAGCUAUAUUACAAAUAAUAAAACUAUCAAUCUUGGACAAAAUAAAUGGAAAUUUUAGAUCCCCCGUCCCCCCAAAUCAAAGAUGUAAAAAAUGCGCGUUUUGCCCUUAAUUCGUGUGGCUUCAUCCUUCAUUUUUGAGCUAUUUUGAAAAAAUUGCUCAUAUGUCAGUGGUGUGAGCGUAUGUAUCUUUGUGGCUUUGUAACUUUGUAUGUUCGGAUCUUUGUUGCAAGAGCCAAUAAGGUUGAAGGUACUAUUAGUUGAUGCUUAGGAACCAAUGAGAUCUUAGCAUCUACUUAAACAUGACAUUGGUAAAGGUCGAACAAGGGCACUUUGAGACCGCCAUCUUUAGGGCCAAGUCGCACUAGAGGGCAAUUUCAGAUUUGUUCUGGACAAAUCCGACUUGAAAUCGGCCAGUGACAAAAAAUUUGUCCGGAAAGCUACAGUCGCACUUAAGAACAAAAUCUGUGAACAAAACACAACACCAUGCUUUUCAGCCCUCAGUUCAGUGAACUAAAAGCUUCUUUACUCCAUCUGUCCUGAGCCUUCUUGUUCUCGGCUGACGAAGAUGCACGGGGCUAAGAACAUGGGGUUGAUGGCGGCAUUAAAUCUUCGCUGAACCGGAGGAAUUCUGGCAACGAGUCAGCACUCAUGGUCGAAGAAGAUGGGCUGGGAUUUCCUCGAUCAUUAAACAUGUAAGGGCCUGGCAAAGGAUAGAUCCAUCCUGGUGGAUAUUGUGGAUAUUCGUGUGGAAAAAAUUGUCGCCCGCGCCGGAAUUCAUGUUGUUGCGAAAUGAGAACGUGAUUAAUUUUACAACGAAGUCUAUAGCAUAGAGACUCUGCUACAAAUCACCUGUCAAAUCAUUUCCGAAUUAAAACACCCUUGCUAUUGUUUUCCAAAAUUUGUCUCAAUUUGGCCUGCUCCAGAGGUAGUCGACGGCAUCUUUGAAGUUUGUCCGUCUGCGACCAAAUUUUGUCCUUUGGUGAACAAACCGGUCGCACUUGGUUUUUCAUUGUGAUGACAGAUUUUUGACAUAAAUAAACAGUUUUGUCCUCUAGUGCGACUUGGCCCUUAUUCUUCACAAUUUUUUCGUCUUUUAUUACGGCUACAGGUGUUUGGAAACAUUAUAUUAAAUAUCUUCAUUAUUCAAACGCUGUGUACAGUGAUGCAGCUGUUUAAGGGUUCAUAGUUUAGUGUUGAAGCUACUUCAAGACAUUUCUGACCGAAUUCGGCUAUCGUUAACGGUAUUAACGCACGUAUUUAUGAGUUGUGUUUCACGUGCUUCAAGGUAGAGUAUAAAAGAUCGUAUAUUUUCAAAGCUCUUCCAGGGAAGCAAUAAUUGAUAUUUAGAUAUAGACUUUUAUUUGAAAGUAUGCGCCUUAUAAGAUGUGGUUUUAAAAGUUUAAAAGGCAGCCUAUUUUUUUGAAAGCUGUAUCGAGUAUUGUUAAUCCUGUAAACAAGCUUUAAAAAUAUUAUUCUCUCGCUUACAAAGUUCAACCGACCUUUUUUGUUCUAUUUAGUAAAGAUGCGUAACUUAAGUAGAAACAGUGGCGUUAGGGAAUAAAAUUGGAGGAAGCUAGUUGACACAAUAAUCACGAUAUAAGUAGAAAUAUAUUUCGGCAGUUUGAUAAUUUUCUUGGAAGUUAAUAAAUGUUAGGCUAUCAACCUUGACCUUGCAUGAAACAUAAUUUAAUUGCAGAUGUUGUAGUAAAGCCGAGGUGAUUUCUUAAAAUCGUUUAAGAAAAUUUUGUAACAUCUUCACAUGCAAAUUGUGUGCAUGAGUUAUUUUUAUAAUUCUGUUUACUAGAUUACUGUGUGAUAACUCGAAUUCCCUCACGUACAAACGACGAAAGGGGGCAAAGUCGGACACUUUCACAUGCCAGCUGUGUGACUGUACAUCACAUGCAGAUUGGCUUUUUACAAUAAUAAUAGUAACUUGGGCGUAUGAAGACCUGUUUCAUUUAGUAACCAAUGCCUUAAAAAAGGCCCUUGUCUUUUAGGAAGCAAUAGCUUUUAAAACAUGACGAAAUAAGUUGUCGGAGUUAAAGACUGUUUCAUAAAAUUUUGUUAAUAAAUGUUAGGUUAUCAACCUUGACGUUGCAUGAAACAUAAUUUAAUUGCAGAUGUUGUAAUGAAGCCGAGGUGAUUUCUUAAAAUCGUUUGAGAAAAUUUUGUAGUGAAGAAUUAGCCUUUUUUUAACGUACGAAUUGUAAAAGGGCCAAAGACCAACACCUUCACGUGCAAAUUGUGUGCGUGAGUUAUUUUUAUAAUUCUGUUUACUCAGCUAGUUUACUGUGUGAUAACUCGAAUUCCCUCACGUACAAACAACUAAAGGGGGCAAAGUCCAACACUUUCACGAGCCAACUGUGUGACUGUACAUCUCAUGCAGAUUGGCUUUUCACAAUGAUAAAUAGUAACUUGGACGUAUGAAGUCCUGUUUCGUUUUGUAACCAAUGCCUUCAAAAAAGCUCUUGUCUUUUGAGAAGUAAUAGCUUCACUGAGUAGCAUCGCACGUGGAAACCUCGUGCAUUAUGAUGAUGAAACCAUCUACCACAAUGAUAAAAAUUCUGGUAUUUCGUAACUAUUCUGUAUUCGAUGAGUCACAUAUUGGCUUAAGAAACUCCGAGGAAACCUUAUAGUUUUCCUUCUAAUCAACGUUUGGUGAGUAGAAAUUUAUUUCACUUUAACGAUUUGUUUAAUUUGCACCAGAUGUAACAGGGAAGACAGAGGAAAGUGAAUAUAUAGCUUGAGGAUCGACUCAGCUGAGCGUUUCGCGUUUUCAUUUUGUACCGCAAUACACAAUUUUGCACAAAAACCUAAUCUACAUUUAGGAUGAAAGAGGUAGAUUGAUCACUCUUGGUAAGGUUACACCGAAGCAUUAAAGUUACACUGAAGCAUUCAAAAUAGCUCAUGCACGUUUAACGUGCCUAUGUUAGUCAGGGAUGGGGGUGGGGGAUGGAGGCUUGCUCGAGACAAUCUCCAGCGAGCCAUUGGAAAAAAUUGAGUGUUAUGUAAAUUUAAAUGAAUGAAAAGUGUUUCCUGCUUAGUUCCCUUUGGAUACAUGAGGUUUUGCUACUGGAAUAUAUGCAGAAUUAUGAAGUAUAUUCGUUUGACUUUCAUUGAUUAGGGUCAAGCGCUCUUUUUACUGACUGGGGCGAAGCACUAGCUUUCCCGGGGGGGUUCUGCCAUAUAUGGGCUAUAUAGGUAUGUGCCGCUGUGAAGGGUAUGGUUUUCAAGCAGUUUACUCUAGGAUAAGGUAUCAUUUUUCAGGAAACUGAUCAGUUGGUUGAAGAUUUUAUCUAGACCAGGUACACAGCUACUCUAGGAUAGGAGGAUUUGGGGAGUUUACUCUAGUACAGGGUAGCAAAAUUCAGCUGAACUAGCUCUGGUAAAGGUUAAGGGUUCCAGGCUCCCAGUGGCACAUCCCCACCCAGAAAUUCCUAAAGUGCCCCGGGCUAGCUUUACGGAUUUGGGUUAUUAGCGCUUUUUAGGCUUAAACACUCAUUUGCCAUGGUUGGCUUUUGGUUUUUUUUGUAUUACUGCUUUUUCCAUUUUUUGGUAUUUUUCUUCUGCAUGGCCUGUGUGGUUCCAGAAAAUAUCCAUACCCCCCCCACCCCCCCAGGAUUUUCCAUUCCGGGGGGUCUUUGGUGACCCCCCUCCCCCCAGGAAUUUCCAGAAUUUUUAAACGGGGGCCGCCCAACUUUGCUUACCAUCCUUUGGAAGUGGUUUUGGUACUUAAAAACAAAGAAAGUGAAUACUAACUCAGUUAUGAAAAUAUGGUAGAAUUGUAUUACAACAGUGCAAUGUAAACGUUUGUUAAGCUUAUUAUCUCAGCCAAACUUUUAGCAUCUUCGCCAUCACGUUUGCAAAUUAUGUCUGUGAUGUUUUUAUGUAAGCUUAUAAGCUUAAACAUUUGGGUUACAAAGUUUAAACGUCAAUUGUUCUACGUUUUUGUGCUUACUCUGACACAUACGUUAUGAGGAGAACUUAAGUUUCACCCGCUUAAACAACUUUGCAAACAACAGCAAAAAAACCCCAGAAACUGACAGGGUUCCCUUCUGGCUGUUUAUUUUUCUUCACAUUUUGACAGUUUCUUCAGGUUCAGUAUUAUUUAAGGGCUGAAAACUUCACUAACAUAUGCCAACGCCCAGAUUUCAUGAACAUCGUCACGAUUGCAGAAGUAAUUUCACUAACCAGAUAGCCAGGCCUUGUGAAGGUCGAGCAAGAAACGGGAACGAAAGUACUCUCCUCUCAUUGCAUUUUUUAUGAGUUACUACCCCCAAUAAACACUGCUAAAACAUGAAACCUAUCAAAAAUGUGUUUGCUGCAUGUGACGGUAGCAAAAAGGGAUACUCAGUGAACGGAAGUGAAAGCACUUUAAUGUUGGUCGGACAAAAAUGAGACGAAGACAAGGCUCCAGUUAUGUCCGCCAUUUUAAAUCAUUUCGAACUUUUUUCCAAAGACUCACAUCGUUCUUCUGGAGAUUGUAGCGCUAGGUAACUGAAAGAAUAACAGAAACAUUAAAGCUAAUGAUGUUAACCUCUUGUCAAUGGCCAGGAGUACUGACUUUUUUUUCAAAAGAACGUACAUAGGUAUGUUUUUGUGCUUUGGAUCGAUCAUACGUUGCUUUCAAUAUUUUGGUACGUGGUCCGUUAACCUUUGGAAAAUAGAUUCACAUGAACCCCCCUACCCUUCGGAAAUUACUGUCUUUGAACCCCCCCUCUGCCUCGGAAUUUUCAAUGAUCUUCCCUGGGGGGGCAGUAUAGAAAUUUUCUGG